AUGCCGUUAAAACAAGUCUUUAACACCGCACCUCCCACGGUUGAAAAGUUGGGAAGCGUGCCAAAAAAAUUUAAUUAUUUAUAUUCCGAGGAAGAACUUUCCUCACCCAGAGAGCGGGCUGACAGCCAACACCUUAAACGUAAUGUAAAUGUGGAAACAGGAUCCACAACAAACGGACAGCGCAGCCACGCUGUAAUUCCGAAAUACGCUGAUGUCGUCAUAAACGGCGUAUUUCGAGGUCACGGUGAUCGUGACUUUUAUUUAAAAAACAAAAACGAUAAGGAACACGGCGGAAUGCCGGUAAAAAAAGUUCUUAACACCGCACCUCCCACGGUUGAAAAGUUGGGAAGCGGACCUAAAAAUGCUAAUUAUUUAUUUUCCGAGGAAGAACUUUCCUCACCCAGAGAGCGGGCUGACAGCCAACACCUUAAACGUAAUGUAAAUGUGGAAACAGGAUCCACAACAAACGGACAGCGCAGCCACGCUGUAAUUCCGAAAUACGCUGAUGUCGUCAUAAACGGCGUAUUUCGAGGUCACGGUGAUCGUGACUUUUAUUUAAAAAACAAAAACGAUAAGGAACACGGCGGAAUGCCGGUAAAAAAAGUUCUUAACACCGCACCUCCCACGGUUGAAAAGUUGGGAAGCGGACCUAAAAAUGCUAAUUAUUUAUUUUCCGAGGAAGAACUUUCCUCACCCAGAGAGCGGGCUGACAGCCAACACCUUAAACGUAAUGUAAAUGUGGAAACAGGAUCCACAACAAACGGACAGCGCAGCCACGCUGUAAUUCAGAAAUACGCUGAUGUCGUCAGAAACGGCGUAUUUCGAGGUCACGGUGAUCGUGACUUUUAUUUAAAAAAGAAAAACGAUAAGGAACACGGCGGAAUGCCGGUAAAAAAAGUUUUUAACACCGCACCUCCCACGGUUGAAAAGUUGGGAAGCGGACCUAAAAAUGCUAAUUAUUUAUUUUCCGAGGAAGAACUUUCCUCACCCAGAGAGCGGGCGAACAGCCAACACCGUAAACGUAAUGUUAAUGUGGAAACAAGACCCACAACAAACGGACAGCGCAGCCACGCUGUAAUUCAGAAAUACGCUGAUGUCGUCAGAAACGGCGUACUUCGAGGUCACGGUGAUCGUGACUUUUAUUUAAAAAAGAAAAACGAUAAGGAACACGGCGGAAUGCCGGUAAAAAAAGUUUUUAACACCGCACCUCCCACAGUUGAAAAGUUGGGAAGCGGACCUAAAAAUGCUAAUUAUUUAUUUUCCGAGGAAGAACUUUCCUCACCCAGAGAGCGGGCUAAAAGCCAAGACCUUAAAAUUAAUAUAAAGACGCAAACAGGGGCCACAACACACGCACGCCUCUCACACCCGGCCGGGAAAAGGAUCGCGGAGCCGUGGCUCCCACAAUUCGAUGAACUCCAGGGAGCCUUCGAGCUGGCGAAAACACUCGACACAGCCAUCGUCGAGCACACCAAUCUGGCUGGGAAACUGUUCGCCAGACACACCGCCAUGCUCAAGCGACAUUUCGAGUGGGCGAAUCCCAUCCACAGCAGCUUCUAUUACUGCACAGCUGUGGAUGUCAACGGAGCCGGUUGCACAUACGCAAACGACUCCGAAAAGGCGGUCCAGGACCACAUUCGCGAGCGCCACCCCGGGUCCGGAGCAACACCACGACGAUUCGGAAUGUCACCAUUCCACGGCGGUAUGGCGACAAUCGGGCCGUCGUGCUCGAUAACGGCCGCCGUCGCCGCUGUCUGCACGAUGCCGGGAAUCCCGGACAUCGAUGCAACUCUCCUCCGAGCCUUCCGCGGAUCCACGGCCGACACCGCGCGGGAGGUGAUCGGAGCACUCGGCCUCCAGCUUCCCACCUCACCGGGAUGGGCCCUGGAGAAACUCACGGCACAGGACGACGCCAUCAGACACGCCUUCGCCGCCACGGCGCGCCAAGACAUCUACUGUUCCUGGUGCGGUGAAACGGAAGAGGGACAGCCAGAACCACAGAUAGCAACUGUGACCUACGAGGCGCCGGCCGGCGGCCUCCCAGGCACCACGGCGACCGCUAUCAGCGAGGCAUUCGGCCACGUAUCGGCCAACUUGCCUCACCACUGCCCGGCUUGCCGCACCGAAGGCGCCACUCUAUCUGCACUAUCGGUUUUUCUCUUCGGAGAAGCCGUGGCAAUCACAGUCAUACCGCCAGCUGGAAACCAGAAAGCGGUAGGUCUGCCGGAAUUGCCGCUGGAGGUGAUGCUCCCGACGGCGCUCUUCAGCCAGAACCCCUAUAAACUCCACGCCGCGAUCUGCGCCACGACGUCGAAGCACGUGGUCGCAUACGUCCUGUGCCGGGAAGAUGGGAAGGAGCAAUGGCACCGCUACGACGGCACCGUUCACGACACAGACGUGCCGCCGCCAGACCCAGCCACCAUCGACACCCUGAUCUUCACACGCGCUCCCUACAAGCCGGCCGGCGAGGGAGACAACGAGGAGGACACAGGCACCCACCCAGUCAGGCCAACGCGGCCAACAGCACCGCCACCGCCACCGUCACGCGACCCGUGGGGCCGCACAACCUACGGCAUGCACCCGGACACCGCGGAGCAAGAGGAGGAAGACACCGGGAUCGCACCCAGGUCGGCCGAGCCACGGACGGAGACACCCACACCACCCACCCAGCCACCCGGCACCGAAGGGGAGGGAGAGGAGAGCGACACGACCGAGAGCGUGCACACGGAGCCCGACCAGGCCGCCGAGGACGUGUCACAAACCUCCGACGAGGCACGGCACCGAUUUCGCCACGGCGAGAACACGGCAGCACAGCAGACCGGGACGAUCCACUGCCCGGUCUGCCCGCGCACAUGGACAUCGCGCGCCCGCCGGCAACAGCAGACCAGCCACCUUAACACCACCCACGCCAGGGAGGUGGUGAGGGUGGACGCGCUGAAGGCCACCGGGGUAGACCGUUGCCUCUCGUGCGGCGAGUUCGUCAUCGCGUCCGGAAACGCGCGACGAGCACACGGCCGGAAAUGCGGCGAGUUCGUCACCAGGGCGGUCCGCAACCAGAAGCGCGCCCGGACAGAGCAGAGCACACCCCGGCAGGACGCAGGGGUGGAGCCCACUCCGGAGACACCGCCACCACCGACACGCCACCGCACCAGACCCACGGAGGCCGACGCCGAGUGGGUGCAGGAGUUUCCCGCCACGAUCCGGACACUCCGGAAACAGGAAUGGGGACACUGGGCCGAGGCGGUCGGCCACACCCUCCUCGGCUACACCGCGGCGGCCGCCGCGGGACGCUACCAGCGCCAGCUCGCGCUUACCGAGCUGGUGCGCACUCGCCUCGCCAAACCGCGCGCACCAGCACGGGAGGAGGACGAGAGCCACCAAGAGGAACCCAGCGAGACGCCCAGGGAGGGAGGGAGAGACGAGCCGUACACGGGCCACGCCGGCGCCACACGGCGACCCAACACGGAGGAACACCUUCCCACCAGAAACGCGCACACCGCUGAGGAACGCCGCGCGCGCCGCAUCCUCCACCAACUCUCGCUAGGAGCCGUCGGAAAGGCGGCGCGCACGCUGUUCCAGGCACAGCUCCCACGCGCGCGCGCCAGCGAGGCACUGGACCAGCUCCGCGCGCUUCACCCGCAGGAAGACCCAGCGGGGUACCCGUGCCCACCACAGACGCCUUUUCCCCACGGCCUAAAGCCGGAGAAGGUCAGGAACGUGGUGCUGAAACGGCUCGGCCGAGCCGCCGCACCGGGGCUCGACGGAUGGACCCGAGAACUGCUCGUUCCCGUGGUCGAAAAUGCGGCACUCCUGGCGGAGACGACCGCACUGAUGCAAGACAUCCUCGCCGGGAACGUGUCGGCGUCCUUCGCGUUCCGCCUCCGCGCGUGCGUCGUCCACCCGUUCCUGAAAGAACCGGGGUCGCCGAAGGUCCGGCCAAUCACGCCGGAGUCGGUGUGGCUGAAAAUCGCCUCGCACCUCGCGCUGGACGCGGUGGAAAAGCCGUUCCGCGACAUCUUCCAGGGAUGGCAAUUCGGUGUGUGGGGCGACGCCGCCGAGGCGGUCGCCCAGAUCCGGGAGACGUACGCGAGCGAGUCGGCCGACACGCUCGUCGCGCUAGACGCGACCAACGCGUACAACCGCGUCUCCCGCGCAUGGGUGCUGAGGGCGGCGUUCCGCCACCACGCCCUCCGCCACACGUUCGGGGUGGUGGACCUUUCCCUCGGGGAGCCGGGCGCCCUUGGCGUCUACGAGGGCGGCCGCCGGGUAGAGCAACUCUGGUCGACGCGCGGCGUCCGCCAGGGUAUGGUGCUCAGCCCCCUUCUCUUCGCCACCGCCGUGGCCGAGACACUGCGGCCGAUUAUGGCGGCGCACCCGCUCGCCAAAGUGACGGCGUACCUCGACGACCUGACCGUCGUCGGUCCACGGGCGGCAGUCCAGGCGUUCCUGGACGAGGCGGGGCCGGCGCUCACGGCCACCGGCUUUCGACAUCAACCCGGCGAAAAGCCACCACCUGUCGAAGAGCGCCGCGCCAGAGCCGGUGUCGGUCGCCGGGGUGGCGGUGCAGCUGGCGAGCGGUGUGGUGCGCAUCCUCGGCGCCGGCUUCCGCGGCAGCGGCGCGCCGGUGGACGAGUGGGUGUGGGAGAAAACCCGCCCGUACGAGGCGUACUUCAACACCCUUGGCGGGGACGAGCUCCCACGCCACGCGCGCAUGAACCUCCUGCGUGCGUCGGCGCUGCCGCGCCUGACCUUUCUCUUGCGGACCCACAGCGCCGACGAGCUGCGCGACAGCGCGGCAUGGUUCGACGACCGCGUCCUCCACACGUUGUCGGUCCUCGCGGG